AUGGAGGCAGAGGAGCGUCCUGCAAAGCUUCGGAAGCUCAACUCGAACGAUGACAUGGGCUCGCCUGAAGAGGCAGAUACUCCUCUGUUGUCAAAAUUCCAUGGCACGGUCACUGGCACCAUCGAUGCUCUCUCGUUGCAAAACAGUAAGCCAGAGGAGUGUGCUGCUAAUAAUGAAGAUCAUUCAGUGACACGAGAAGAAGAAGAAGAGGAAGAAGAAGACAUCCAAGACGAGUCGGGCGGCGUGGAGGUGGACCUAGAUACCCGACAUCACCCUGCUUGCAAGGUGCCGCCGCAGCAUCAGCAGCAAGACGGCGACGGUUCAAAGCCGCUUUCCAAGAACCAGCUGAAGAAACUGCGAAAGCGAGAAGAGUGGGAGGCAGCUCGAGAUUACCGCAAGGCAAAACGAAAACAGAAGACACAGGAGAGAAAGGCGAGGAAACGCGCAGCUCGAGAAGAGGAGGAACAGCACCGUCUCCAGCUACUACAGCAACAACCCUCCCUUGCCGAAGGAGGAAAUGGAGACGUGCAAAGGACAAAGACGGAUACACCACACCUGCCCUCCAAGAUCAAAUUCCGUCGUCCGGUCCAGGUCCCCAUGACCAUCAUCAUAGACUGCAGCUUCGACGACCUCAUGAUGGAAAAAGAGCGCAUAUCCCUAGGUUCACAACUGACGCGGUCUUAUUCUGACAACUCCCGCGCCCGUUACCAGACAAAUCUUGUGAUUAGCUCCUGGGGCGGGUUACUGAAGGAGAGAUUCGAUACCGUGCUCAGUAAGCAUUACCUGAAUUGGAGGAAUGUAACGUUUGAGGACGGGGAUUUUGUAGUGGCGGCGAAGAAGGCUGAGGAGUUCAUGAAAGGGCCUAAUGGUGGGAAGUUGGUCGCGUGUUUUGAGAAGUACGCUCAUUGUACGACUGCUAGCGCUGGUGGCCCGGGACCUGCUGGGGGCGAAGCAUGUGAAGAUCCCAAAGAUGCAGAUACCUCUCCACGACCAGGAGGGAUCGGGGAACCCGACACAGACGACCCUCUCAGGGUCCAGGAUACCUCACCACCCAAAGCCUCGGUGUCCGGCCAACCGGAAGCUCAUCGCUCUUCGCCAUCAGACCCCUCUGCCUCUUCCCAAGGUGAAAUAGUCUACCUGACCUCCGACUCCCCUUACACCCUCGACACACUGUCCCCAUACACGACGUACAUCGUCGGCGGCCUGGUCGACAAGAACCGCCACAAGGGUAUCUGCUACAAGACGGCCACGGCGCGCGGGGUUAAGACAGCGAAAUUGCCCAUCGGCGAGUACCUGGAGAUGACGUCCCGCAAGGUCCUGGCGACGAAUCACGUCGUCGAAAUCCUGCUCCGCUAUAUCGAGGAAGAGGAUUGGGGCAAGGCCUUUUUGAGGGUCAUUCCCAAGAGGAAAGGUGGCAAGCUGAGGGAGGCUGGGGCUUUGGACGGAGAGAAGAACGGGAAGUCCGAGGGGGAAGAUGGCGAGGACGACGACGACGACGAUGACGGUAACGACGCUGCCGACGGUAAUUACGGGGAUGACGUUGGUGGUGAUGAUGUGCUGCCUGGUGAGCCCCAGGGCGAUAUAAAGUUGAAAAGCCCAUAA